AGCAUCCAAUUCGUAACUAAGAGAAAUAUUAUGACAUAGUAACUAUACAAAUUAAUAAUAAUAUCACAUUUUGUAAUCGAGAAAUUCAGUACACUCUUCAACACUCAUAGUUUUUAAUUAAGAAGAUUUUUAACCACUAUACAAUCAUAAUGGAUCAUUCACAAAAUUUAAAUCGUGAUCAACACUUUACCUCAACCGAACGCGAUAAUGCGGAUAUUUUACUGCUGGAAGCCUGUUUAAAACAAACAGAGGGACAGAAAAAUAUAUUGGAAGCAAAGGUGGCCAAGCAUGACCGGGUGAAAGCAGAAAUGUGUGAUUUGCAAACCAAGUUGGAUAACCUCCAACGAACGAUAGAAGAUAAAAAGAUACUUCACCAACAGUCUUAUGAUGAAGUCAAUCAAGAAUUAGAAGCUACAUCAUCGAAGUACAGCCAAACAUUGAGUACGGUAGAAGAGUUGGAACAAGAUAACCACGAAUUGGAGUGCAGUAUAAGAUCUCAAUCGUGUAAGGAAUCGCAGAUAGUUGAAAAAAUCAACAAGCAGGAAAUUUCGAAGAAAAAAACCAUUGAAUGCAAUAAUAAUAUUUGGGAUAAAAUCACUAAAGAAAAGGAGUGUGUGAAAUCACUGCAACGGCAACAAGCUGACUUAGAAUCUGCGAUUUGUUGCAAAACCACCGAAGUACAAAAGUUACAAGGCGCGUUGACCGAUAAGGAGGCGAUGGUUCAGUGUAAGGGAAACCAGCUUACCGAACUGCAGCGACAAAAUGCUACCAGUGAUAGGUGCCUGCAGGAACUAACCACCGAGUUUAGGGAACGGGAAGCAGAACUGGAGGCACAUAGGAAAGUGGCACCUGAGAAGUUGGCUAGGGCUGACCAGUGUAUGGACAUGGUCCGCCGAGAACUAGCGGAUGCGUGCGCCGCGGCAGCCGGCUGGAAGACCAAGAGCCAAAACGCGGCCAACGUGCACUGUGAACUGAAAGCAACCCAAAAAGCGGAACAGUGUCGCGCGAAAGCUAUCCUCGUGGAACUAGGUGAAGAACGGUGUCGGCUGGCUGAACAGCUAACGGACACGUUACUUCAGCUCAAGUGUGCGAUGGCUGAAAACUGCCAGCUUACGGCUGACGCUAAAGUUUUUGGCGAGCGAUCGGCUUGCCUGUUGUCCGAGAUAGAGCGACUGGAGAAGCACAAGUUCUCUGAUCGCCUCUCGCCGAUGGCACAGUGCACGGGUUUUGAAACCCAGGAUGAAAAGACUGCCAGAAAGUGGAAUACAUUGGAGUCGGUCGAAAAUGAGGUAGAACGACUGAAGUGGGCGUGUGAGGACCGCGAACGGGCAAUCAGGGACGCCAGAGGAAAGAUCGGUGACUGCAGUACAACCAGUGCGAAAACCGACUGUCGUUACGAGUACUGAUUUACAGAUUAUCCAACAUUUUCUGAAUGUAUUGCACGCAUUUUCAUGGUUAGCGUUAGUCAUUUAAUGGCCCAUUAACCACCAACAAAUAAUGUGCAAUUCAAACAAUGUUACUGAAAUUACUGUUACUUUUAUUGCAUUAAAAUUAAAUGAAGUUUACGUUUUAUUGAUUACA